CACAGAAGCGGGAAACUUAUGUAACCAUUCACACAGGCUAUGGCAUUUUCGACAGCUCUCAGCGCCGACGCUUCGUACCAAAUCCACAGCAGCGUAACCACCGUCGCCGCAGACCAAACUUCCACCGGCGGGGGCGCCGGCCCCACCAGCGCCACCAUCGCCUCGCAAACGGUUUCGGCGGAAGGCGGCGUCGCGGUGGCCACCGUACUCAUCCUCUUCUCGCUCGUGGCAGUCACCGAAAACGGAGCCGUCCUCUUCACGUUCUACAUCUGCCGCGACCUCAUCACGCCGACGAACCUCUUCAUACUGUCCUUGACGGUCUGCGAUUUCUGCAUCGCGCUUUUCGGCAACCCAUUCGUCGUGGUUUCAGGCCUGGCGCGCGGAUGGUAUUUCGGUCAUUUCGGCUGUAUUUUUUACGGCUUCUUCAUGACAUUCCUGGGUCUCACCUCCAUCAGUCUGUUGACGGCGAUCUCCGUCGAUCGCUACAUAUUAAUCGUCCACACGAUGCGCGCGGUGACUAUUGACUUUAGGGCGGCAAUAUUCUCUGUAAUAGGUUGCCUACUCUAUGCCCUUUUUUGGUCCGGUGUCCCACUAUUUGGAUGGAACCUCUACGUCCAAGAAGCCAGUGGCCUGGCUUGCAGUGUCCAGUGGCAAGGCUCCACAACCUCGGACAUCGCAUAUAUUGUACUCAUGUUAAUCUUCUGCUUAGCAAUACCUCUACUCCUCAUUGGAUACUCCUACAUACAGAUCUUCAUUGCG